AUGUACGAGGAGAAUGAGGACUGCAGAAAACGAAAUAUCGAAAAACGGCGUGAGACAUCUCGUUUCGCGGCUCGAGACCGCCGCGGCAAGGAGGCCGACAUUUUCCAGGACCUGAAAGAUGAGGUGCCAAUCGUCCACGACGCCACCGUAACCCAUGUGGAUCGGAUAGCCCUUCUCAGGGUAGCCGCCACUUUUUGCCGAUUACGAAAAUGCGGAACGGAAGUACUCCGAACGGCCCUCGGGAAGGAGCCGUCGGAUGGCCCGUGGAAUGAAGAGACACUCCUCGAAUGUCUGGAUGGAUUCUUGCUACUCGUCGAUUCGGAUGGCACGAUACUGUACACCUCCGAAUCUGUCAUACUGUAUCUCGGAUUGACGCAAACGGACCUCACCGGCCGCAAUAUGCGCGACUUUAUGCAAUCGGUGGAUUUCGACGAGUUUGCGAGGGUCUCGGCUGAAAUGGCCGGAUUGGAGGAUCGAGCUGUGGGAGAACAGAUUGUCCUCAGAAUGAAGACUGUCAUAUCGCCCCGGGGAAGAAAUUUGAAUCUGAAAGGAGCGCUUUAUAAGCCGGUCUCUUUCCUCGUUCGUGUGAUGCACUCGGACGGGAAUGCCAUUUCGAUCCUUCAAGGCUCCACGACCCCUGCUGGCCAGGGAUCUCCCUCUGCUACCGCCAACGCAUUAACGAAAAACGGCGAGCCCCAAAACGGUACCUUCAUGACGCGACACACCUCGGAUAUGCGCAUCAGCUACGUCUCCGACACGUUCAACUUUAUCUUAAAGAAUGAUUCUCGAUCAUUGAUGGGUGCCUCUUUCUACGAGCUCGUCCACCCAUCAGAUGCCCAUAUUGUCCACAAGUCAAUGCGCGAGCUGUUUACGAAGGGCCACGUUCGGACGCCAUUCUACCGUCUCGUCGCCGCCAACAAUAAUUUGGCCUGGGUGAUGACCGAUGCGACAACAAUCAACCACACGACCCGUGGCCAAAAGGGACAAUAUGUCAUUUGUCUACACCACGUACUCGGGGUUCAAGGGCAAGACGAAAGUCUCGUCAUUUCGACGGAUAGCCAGCCGGCCGGUAUUCCAGUAUUGAAGGCCAUCAAGACAGAACUCGAUGAGGACUGUGUCGUUAAAGAACUGACCCACCGCCAGCCGGCCGUCAUCGAAUGCAUCGAUUUCACCCCAUUGCUCCCGAUUCCGGAACAAUCCGUCAAAUCCCCCGGCGUCAGCAAGCCGUUGCCAUCGCCAGACUCGGAGAAGACACCUUACGACGACGUGCUGCAAUGGCUAUUUCGAGAUCGCCCGAGCAGCCCGGCUCCGCCAUAUCGAGAGGGACACGAGAAUGGGGCGCCGAUUCCCGUUGGCAACUGUCAAAUGGCACCUGCAGCCACCGUCCCCAACCGAAGAAAACACCCGCGAAGCGGCGACGAUUUCGCCGAGCCCCAGUCCCGCCCAAGGACCGAAUCUUUUGGAAGGGCCGAUAGAAGAGGAGACAUCAUCAACAAUUGUGGCGUCGUCCCCUUCUCACCAUUGGCAGAUGGAUUCUCUUCACAAUGCGCCCUUCGAUCCCCAACCUCUGCCCCCUCCCCUAUCAACUCACAAACUACGGAGGGCUGCCAUGGUGGAGCGGGACCCUCGAGAGAUAUGGCAACCACACACGGCCCACGAAGUCUUCCCGCCAUUCCAUCAAAUGAUGUUGAGCCAUUGCCGUCCCGUGAGCAGCGCCGGUCCCUGCUCCCCAUUAUGCCUAUUGCCGGUGAUGAACGCAUUAAUGGGAGGGCCGAGAACACAACUGCCACUCCAUUAAACACCUAUAUUCCCUCACAACUACUCAUCAACAAGGCGCUCGAGGAUCUCGAUUUCCCGUUCGAAGACCUACACAGCGUCGCCCCAUUUGUCCCCCAAGAAGAACUGCAGCCAAUCUCCGAUUCUGUGGCCACAGAUUUCCAGACAUUAUUUCCCGAUCUACCCGAUUGGACAUCACAAAAUACAGCUAUCGAAUCGGCUGGCAGGCCCGGAUCCGCACAACCACCUUUAAUAGGCUCCGCCCCCAUCGACGACCCGCUGCGUGCGAAGCGUAGCGGCGCGUACUACGAGGCCCCGCCCCUUCCCCCAAUUUCCACCGAACACACACCCGACGACCCAUCACAACUUCGUACAGCAAGCCCAAAAUGGUUCCCCGUUUAUGCAGCCGAUGACUCCGCUCUAUACUCCGGACGGAUGGAACUCAACGAGCGACUACUG